UGCUGCAUUAUGCAUCGCUUUCCCACGAAACCUUAGUGUAUCACCACACCACCGAACCGUGGUGCCUAGGAGAACAACCGUAAAAAAGUGCUUAGAUGAUACAGAAACAAUAUGUGAAAUAAUUAAACGGAGCACGAACGGAGCACUAACCAUCACUUUUCAAAUUAAUGCUUUUUUCAACUCGGUUAGGAAAUGAGUGCACGUUUAUGUUCAUGAUAAAAAAAAAAAUAGGUUGCUGAUCGUUGUUGCCAUAACGGAUAAAUCGGCUCUGCCCCGCGCUCUGCUUUCCGAGCAGAUGAUCCAAGGUUCAGGUACGGAACGAUUACGCGCCAUCAACGAGAUUAUAUGCAAUACCUCCCGGAUGACAAUAUAAUCUACAUUUUAGCAGUUGGAUGGAUAACCUCGUGACCUUACUCACCUACAUUUUGCAGGAGAAGACCAACAGAAGAGCUCUUCUUAAAAUUGCCAUGCACCUAACAAGGAUUAGUUUACUUCUGCUCCUAACCGGAAUCGCCAAAGGUUGGGAUUGCGGCGCGGGGUGCAACACUGAGAACGGGUUGUGUGUGAAACCAGGAGAGUGCAGGUGCAAGCCAGGCUGGUCCGGGAGGACAUGCGACCAGUGCAUCCCCUUCCCUGGCUGUCUGCACGGUGCAUGUGAGAAGGCAUGGCAGUGUGUCUGUGAAGAGGGCUGGGGGGGCAGCCACUGUGACCAAAAUAUACGUCCCUGCUCUUCGGCGCCUUGCUCUUCCAACGCCACCUGCGUGGAGACGGGAGUGGGGGGCUACGUCUGCAUGUGCCCCAUUGGGUACGGGGGGGACCGCUGUCACCUGAGGCAAGGGCCUUGUCUAACCAACGGCUCUCCUUGCCAGAACAGAGGCACGUGUGUGGACAGCGCGGGGGGGAUGGCCUCAGCGUCCUGCCUGUGCCCGGCAGGCUUCACCGGGGCCUUCUGCGAGAUCAGCGGGGAGAGCUGUGCGCCCAACCCCUGCCUCAACGACGGUAACUGCACCGACCACGGCCCGGGCUUCGCCUGCGCCUGCCCCCCGGGCUUCUCCGGGUUCACCUGUGACCACACCGCCGGGCAGCCGCCCCCCUCCCCCUCCCCCUCCCCGUGCAUGGCGGGUCCGUGUGCCAAUGGCGGCACCUGCGUGGACCUGUCGGACACCGCCUUCCACUGUGCCUGUCCGCGGGGCUUCACCGGCGUGCGGUGCUCACCGCAGCGGCGCCGGCACAAGGCUGCCGGAGCCCCGCCCGGUCACAGGGUGCUGUCGCUGACCCCCGGGCACUACCUGCUGCCGGCGCACGGCUUCCACAAGCUGCUCCACCCGCCCGAGCCGGACCGGCCGAAGGAGAGGGUCUCCGGCGCCUCGUCCUCCGGGGGCGGGGGUGUGGUCAGCAGGCACGGCCAGCUCCUCUGCUUCGGUAUGCUGGCCCUGCUCACCGGCCUGGUCAUCCUGGGCACCACCGCCAUCGUGUUCUUCGGCCGCUGCGAGGCGUGGCUGGCCAACGCCAGGUACAGCCAGCUGGUGCGCCAGCACCGGGAGCACCUGCUGAGGGGGUCCCGCAGUGCUCAGGACGAGCCCGGUCCGUCGGUCAACGUCAUCCUGCCCGAGAAGAUCAGGCUGGCCAGCUUCGGGAGGCAUUACACCUCGAUCUGAUCUGAUGGGUUUUGAUCUGAUGGGUUUUCUCUCUCUCUCUCUCUCUCUCUCUCUCUCUCUCUCUCUCUCUCUCUCUCUUCUCUUCCCUUCCCCUUUUGUGUCUGUUAGCACACCUGCACAAUACUGUAUGUCUGCACAGGAAGGGGAAAAGGCUGUUCCGCCGACAUUCCCGCUCGUCCUCCUCCAUACAGACAGGAUGCAUUUGAAUGGAAGGAGAACUGAUCGACCGUGACGAAAGGAUUGUAUUUUUGUAUUAAAAUGGAACACUAAUCCUCCUGUUGGACCUUGACAGGAGAACCACCAUGGGGGAUGUCCUGUUGGCCAGCGUUGAUUGUAGACAGCAAUCUUGACAGUAUACAUUCACUAAAAGCAAAUCAACCUACGCAUUUUUUUUUUCUGCUUCACCUCCUGAUCCUCGUCCUCAUCUUCAAAACCUCUUAUCCGGGGUCGGGGCGCGGGGCAGCAGCUCUAGCAGGGGGCCCCAGACUUCCUCUUUUUCCGGGGCCACAUUGACCAGCUCUGACGGGGGGAUCCCGAGGCGUUCCCAGGCCAGUGUUGAGAUAUCAUCUCUCCACCUAGUCCUGGGUCUUCCCCCGAGGUCUCCAACCCGCUGGACGUGCCUGGAACAGCUCCCUAGGGAGGCACCCAGUGGGCAUCCUUACCAGAUGCCCGAACCACCUCAACUGAGUCCUUUCUGGGCAGGGUUGGGGCUCUACUCUACUCUAGAAGCUUCUCAACCUAACCCUAAGGGAAACGCCAGCCGCCCUCCUGAGAAAACCCAUCUCGGCCGCUUGUACAUGCGAUCACGUCCUUUCGUUCAUCAGCCAUUCGUGACCAUAGGUGAGGGAAGGAACGAAGACCCGUAGGCUGCCCCGCCACUGCUCCUGCUCUCCGGCUAAUCUCAAGCUCAACCGACCCUCACUUGGGAACCAGACCCAAAGGUACUUGAACUCCUACACUGAGGCUGAGGACUCCUACUUGGUGGACAAAAUUGGAUUCAUGUUUUAUGGUAAUUGGGAGAAUGUAUCCAAAUAAUGUUUUAUGAUUUGGCGUGUGUUCCUCAACUCGACUGCAUUCGACGGAUAACAAAGGAUUUGUGAACAUGGCAUUGGAAAUAGGAAGGGGUUGUUUUUUUUGGGUGGGUUAGCAUUUUGAUUCAGUAAUAUAGUUAUAUUGCCGAGGAAUUCCAACUUAAAAUAGGAAUCGUAUAUGAAUAGGGUAAAUUAGUAUUUUAAAUUAAAAUAAUGUAUAGAACAGCCCUUGUGGAUUUGUAUAAAUAAAUUUCAUGUUGAUGGUAUUUUCAGAUGCUGUGUUAGAAAGCUAUGUUAUUGAUGAAGGUACUUUGUAUUACAAGUUAAUGUUAUGUGUUCUGGAUGGGUUGGUUUGAAAGCAUAGUGGUUUGUCCUUCUUGAUGUCACCAUUGAAGCUUUUCCCUUGGAAUUGUUAAGCUGCUAACUGACAUCUCUGGAUCAUUGUGGCUGUUUCGUUGUUGUCAGUAUUACAGCAAUGUGCUAUGAGGUGUAUACAAUUCUCAGUUGAUUCAUAAAUAAUAUCGCCGCAUAUUCAUGUGUGGUCAGAAAAUACCUCCUAUUAAACCAUUAAGAAUGGCUUUAUAUAUUUAUGUUUUUAAUUGCUUUUAUGUUAAGUACAUUUUUGUGUGGAUGAGGAUGUGUGUGAAAAUAUGAACCAAGGUAUAUCAAUUUUAAUGGUCAUCCACGCUGACAUGCUGUGCAUAACCAGAAUAUGGCAUGUGGUCUUUCUUAUGUUUUUGGAGUUUCAGGAAAGGAUUUUCUUUUUCCUUUUUUUGGUAGCACAAUUUUGAGCCGAUUCCUUUCUGAUGUAUUCGGUUAUUAAUAAAAUAUUGUGACAUAA